AGCUUGGAUGCUCGACAGUGUCGAGUACGAAAAGUGGACAGCCAUGGAACCCGUGUACGUGUACCGUGAAAUCCGUGUGCCUACCUAUGAUAAUGGGACAUUCUGCCCGUGGAAGGCCGUGGAGCAGCUGAUUCCUCAAGAUUAUAUGAUUGCCAUGGCUCCACUAGUGCUAUGGAUGGCUGUGGUUAUCUACGGCACAUUCACUCCCACCUCUAUUCUUUCUUCACUGAGCCUUCGCACUUCCUUCAAAGAAUUAACUAUGGAGCGCCACUCACAGCUAGAUGUUUUGGACGUAUUUCGAGUGAUUGCCAUCUUUUGGGUGAUGAUCAAUCACACAGGAAGCGAAGGUCGUGUGGAUAUUCUAGACCGGCUCCCGUCAGCUGAAAGCUUUAAGCAAUCAGUGCACAACAAUCCGAUCUUUGGUGCACUUUUGGGAAACUCGGCCCUGGGAGUAGAAAUCUUCCUGGUCUUAUCGGGCCUACUUGGUGCCAGAUCAUGGAUGAGGAAAGCGGAUCAACCAUUCUUCAAGCACUACCGCGAGUUUAUUAUCAAAAGAGUUUUUCGUCUGGCACCUUCCAUCUUCUUCUUCGUUUAUAUAGCUGCUGGUCCCAUCAUGAAACACUUCUUGCCAAGGUACCACUCAUCCAUGAUCUCUGCGUGCGGUGUUAGCGGAAUCACUUCACAUCUAACCUUCUUGGGUAAUUGGCAGGCCACCCCUACCUGCAUGGGUUACCUCUGGUAUCUUGGCUUGGACAUGCAGCUCUACCUCAUCGCCCCAUUCCUACUACAUCUCCUUUAUAAACGACCACUCAUAGGAAAACUAACCGCAGCUUUGAUGAUUGUAGCCUCGAUGUUUAUACGAGGCGCUUACUGCACUUCUUAUGGAGUGUGUCACAAGAGCGAUGUUGAUAUACCGUUCAUCGCCUAUCCUGGUCAAGACCCAAACACUCUUGUCAGCAUCUACGCGGGUCUCUGGGAAAUGUAUGCUCGGCCAUACACUAAAUGUGGCCCAUUCCUACUCGGUUUGCUACUCGGUGUCGCGACUGUUGGCCUCAAGCCGCGAUUAAAUCGCACUACUUCACGAACCAUCGCCAGUGCAUUCUUCGUGUUGUGCAUUUGCGUCAUUUACGCUAUAUUGCCGCAGUAUUGGUACGGCGACUAUCUGACGCGAUACAAUCUGUACUACACUGCGACAUUCCGUACUUUGUUCAGCAUCGGAAUAUGUGGAAUGAUCGCAGCGAUUGUAUCGCGAUCGCAAAGUAAAUCCUGCUCUGUGCUCUGGUCGAUACUAGCUCGUCUCACCUACAACACCUACCUGCUUCACAUGCCGGUCAUUUACCUUUUCAACUACUCCCAAUACCUGCAACAAGCCCAAGGAGCCACUGAACUGCUUGUUGUCGUCCCGUUCGUGGCUGCGCUCAGCUUCAGUGCCGCCAGUGUAUUCUACUUCUUUGUUGAAUCUCCUCUUGGACGUAUGACAUCCUUAUGGAUCGAUGGCAUCAAUAGUAUGUUUGCGAGUCCUCUCGGGGUGAUAAGCGCUUUCCGUUCAAAAAUGCUAACCAAGUGA